AUGGCUACACGCUUGAGUGGUACGCGUGUAUAUAAUCCCAGACUAAACCCCAUUUGCCCCCAAACUACGUUUCGACGUGGAUGUGUAGUGGAAUCCACUGGCGCUAAAGGGUCUCAUCCUUAUAUAUGGUUAGGCUUGUUCACCUUGGGCGGUGGUGCAGUCUAUUAUCACAUACAAAGCAAAACAUCCAAGAUAUCUGAUAAAACGGUAGAAAAUGACAAGAAUGCGCCCAAAGGAAAAGAAAGCAAACCGAUUCCAGAAAGUAAAAAGGAAGAAGACAGAUUAGAUAAAGGAAAGAAUAUUGACUAUCAAGCCGUUUAUAAUGACAUUGCUGCUCUUUUGGACUCUAACCCUGAAUAUGAUGAUGGUUCUUAUGGUCCAGUCUUACUGCGUCUCGCGUGGCAUUCAUCUGGCACGUACAAUAAGGAAGAUGGAACGGGUGGAAGUAAUGGUGGUACUAUGCGUUUCAGAGCAGAAGCUACUCACAGUGCUAAUAAUGGACUUGAAAUCGCUCGCAACUUGCUUGAAAGCAAGAUUAAACCCAAAUAUCCAGAUAUAAGCUAUGGUGAUCUUUAUACAUUGGGAGGUGUAGUGGCUGUUCAAGAACUGGGAGGUCCUACAAUCAAAUGGCGCCCAGGUCGGCAAGAUUUAGGUGAAAAUAAAUGCACACCAGAUGGAAGACUUCCUGAUGGAUCAAGAACCGCUGAUCAUGUUCGAGACAUUUUCUAUCGCAUGGGAUUUAACGAUCAGGAAAUUGUUGCUUUAACUGGAGCCCAUGUCUUGGGUAGAUGUCACCUCGAACGUAGCGGAUUUACCGGUCCUUGGCAAGAAGCUCCUACGUUCUUCUCAAAUGAAUAUUUCAAGGUCAUCGCAUCGCGUGAAUGGGUGAAGAAAGAACUUCCACAUGGUUUAUGGCAAUGGGUCGACAAGGCAAAUCCUGAUGUCAUGAUGCUUCCUAUCGAAAUUACAAUGUAUAAUGAUAAGAAGUUCAGGCCUUACUUUGAUCUCUACGCAAAGGACUCGGACAAGUUCUUUGAAGAUUUCGCCAAGGCCUUCAAAAAACUAAUUGAAUUGGGUGUGCCAUUUACUGGCAAAGAGAAGGAGUAUGAGUUUAAGAGGGUUAAUCAAUAA